GUGUGCCUACUAUAAAGCUGCUUAUUUGGUUUUCCUAAGCCCCUAGAUAGACAAAUAGAGUUGCAUCAACUAGCUGCCUAACUCUUUUUUGUUUUUGACAGGGUUUUGCACUAUCAGAGGCUUCACCUUCCCGUCCCAGGUAUCAAACCCGCACGUCUUUGAGGGCAGCCCUUGAUCGGUGUAAGUCUAUUACUGUGACACCAAGGUCUCCAGUUCGACAUGUUAAGGCACCGUAUCCUUCUUGUGCUUCUUGUGACGUUCCUGCUCAUCUUACCACUGGAAUUUCUGUAGCAACAAAAGAAAAUGUUGAUGACUCUGUGCCUGCAGAACUUGAACAUCAAUCUAUUCUAACUAACCGUGGUGUCUUGGGUGUGGAAAAUCAGAAACCAGGGCAACACGCUCAAACAACACCUUCUUUCCCUGGAGUUGUAAUUGAGAACAAUGCAACAGCAAGUAAGGCUGAUGUGGUGUUAAAUGCUAAUGCCACCGAAGCAGAAACCAGAAGUGACCAUAGUGGUGCGCUUCCAACAAAAUCCAUGAGUCUUAACAUCACAAGGAUAGUUGCACUAAUGAAUGAUCAUUCUUCUGAUGCUGAUGAGGUUGAAUCAAGACCUGGUCAAUUGUCAGUCAUGGUUAAUGGGUAUAGUGUUAAGGAGGAAGUAGCACCUCUCCUGGAGAAGAUCUUCCUUAAGCACGGAGAUAUUGCAAGGAAUAGCUCCUUCACUUCAGUGAAACUUUCUUCAUCACUCCUGGAGUUGGUUUGCGACAUCUAUAACAAAUUGGAAGCAACAGAUUUGCCAAGCAUAACCUCCACAGAGCUCCAAUCUAUGCUUGCUGAAAUUAGAGAUCUCGAGUCUGCCAAAAUAGAUGUCGGGUGGCUCCAUCGAAGGUUGAAUGAUAUCUGUCAGGCCAAACAACUUGGCAAGGACUAUUGCAAAUUGAAGGAGGCAAAAACCAAAAACCUUGAAGUGAUGGAGGCAAAAAAGAAAGAACUGGAUGAAUUGAAGGAAGAGUUGGCUGCUUUGCAAGGAAGAAUUCGCGAAAGAGAGGAUGAGCUUGGCAUUGCGCAUCGUGAAGACGAAAGGAUCAUGCAGCGCUUUGCAGAUUCGAAGGCCAAGGUGAGCGGUUUCCUCAAGAAGUCCUUGGUCCAUGACCUUGUUUGAGCAGCCUGUUGUGAUUAUUAUGAAUGGUCUUUUUAAAUAGUUCUAAUCCCUUUUGCUUGUACUAGGAGUCUUAUUAAUCUUUGUCAUUGGGCCCCAACUGCAUAUGAGUUCUAGAAGAACUGAAACAGAAGAAGAAUGACCAAUUUGAUUUGCCAUUGAGAUAUCGGCACUCUCUUAGGAGCUGCAUUAUUCAGUUAAGAGUACAAAGGAUAUAUACUUGAGUUGUUUCUCCUUAUCUUUCUUUAUUUCCUGCUAAUUAUUAUCUCCUAAUGUCCACUCUUUUGCUG